UCAUAUUCUCUAUCAUCCCUUAUACGCCACCUUUAUGGUUCUUUAUGCAAAGAAGCAUAGAUUUUCCAAUUCUCCCACGGGUAAUACAUUAUAUGUAAAGGGCAACAAAUUGGAGAAGAAGAAAGCAACGAAGGGAAAAGAAGAAAGAAACGGUACCGAGCGUGUUAUUUAUUACUCCGACACCUAAGGCUGAAGAACUUGAUCUACGGACCAGAACAUAGAUUGAGGUGUACACCGUCAUCUCUACCUCGGUAUUUUCCCAGCUUGCAUGUCCGGAAGGUCCCUACAGACUCUUGUACUCCCUCUCUCUCCUUUGAGCUUCACAGUCACACCAGCCAUUUUCCAGAGCAGAGUGGUGAUCUUUACAUUGAUUUCUUUCUUAUUCUUUUCAUUAUAAACACAAAUUCAAUGAAUUAGAGGAAGAAGAAGAGCCCAGAUUUUCUUAAGAUGGGGAAUCGGGAUGAUGAAGAAUUUUAUCGCAACCUCUCACGCAAAGAGCUCCAAGGUUUGUGCAAGAAACAUGGCCUUCCUGCAAAGAUGACAAAUUCUCAGUUGACCUAUUCAUUGCUCUCUUAUUUCCGGUCAAAUGAGAAGAGUGUUCAUUCACUACCCUCAGGGGAAUGGUGCAAUGGAUCUAUGGAUGUUUUCCCUCCUACAUCAUCUGUACCGCAAUUGGAAGCUGUAGGAGAAAUCUGCAGAGGAAUGUGCAAAAGAGGAUUGCGAACAUCUAAUGCUGAUAGCUUUGGACCUUCCCAUUUUUCCAAAGAGGACACUUCUGAAGAUUUGAAUUCUCGAACUCUCAACUACAGUGGAAUGUGUAGUCAUAAAAAUGCUCAUAUGUCUCCUAAGGCUUCAGGUGCAACUGUGAGUAUGGUUCUCAAUAAACCUUCCAUCAAUGGAGCUAAAGAAGGUUAUGGGUGCUCUGCUUAUGAGCUGCAAGAGAUUACAACUAUAUCACGUUUUGGCUCUCAACAUGGCUUGGCUAGUUUUAACGCUGAAAAUUUUGAGUCUCAGAGACCUGCAGAGACAAGAAACUCGGAUAAGAAUUCGAAAGAUUCCACCACCAUUGGUGGGGCAGGCAAUUCACGAAAAAUGCAUUAUAGAAGCCCAACUUCUACUGUGUUUUCUACAGAGAAUGGCCUUCCCCCCAAUGAGUCUUCUAUAAAAGCACCUCCUUUUGAGUUGUUUGUCAGUUCUGAAGAAGGAAUUAAUCUUUACGUUGAUUUAAAUUCAAGUCCAUCAGACUGGGUUGAGGGCUUCACAACUGAGGUCUGUAUCUUCCAGGAAGUUAAAAACAUUGCAGUUGGUGAUGAGAAAAUGAAAAUCUCAUCACUUUCGAGUAAAGAGUCAGGACUCCAAACAAAAGGUGACCCUGGAUGUCCCAGAUCCUCCCUGAGUUCAGCUGUGACAAAUGAGCACUCUUUGCAGGAUCCUCAUUACUCAGAUAUAACUGGUGAAACACUAAGGUCCUGUACAACAAUACCAUGCAGAACUCCUCUAGAAAUAUUAGGGGUUUCAGAGAAUGAUGAUCCAGUACUUACAUCCAUAUCCAGACCUAAUUCUGAUGUACAGAUGCAAAUGGUUUCUGGUACAGAAACCUGUGUUAGAGAAGGGGAAAUGACAUGUCUUGAUUUGGAGGUCCUUGAUACUUCCCAGGUAAAAUCGGCCUCUAACUCUGUUUUGGAUACGAAGUUGGACGGACUAAACUGCCCUGAUUCUAUGAAGCAUCAGAAUUCAAUGUUUUGUAGCACUUGUACUGAAAAUUCUGCAAGACACAGCUCAGGGACUUGUAAUGUUUUCCAAGAUAGGGGUCUUCCAGUAUCUAGCGAAAUCUGUGAGGUUUCAGUCCCGUCCAAUACUGCCAGUUUUGAAAAUCCUAGUGAGGUCUGUCCUGGAUUCUCAACAAGUGUUUCUAUAGAGAUGCAGAUGUCAGAAGUUGGAAGUCAAUGUAAGAACGUGAUAAACUCCUUUUGCCAGAACUGUGGUCUAGUUAAUUUUGAUGAUCUGAUGCGCAGUACACAACUUGAAAAUGGAGAAUCUGCAAAUUGUGAGCAUGAUCAGAACACCUGUAGGAACCCUCCAACUGCAUAUACUGAAACAUGGGAAAGAAGCAGCACCAUAAAUGAUAGAGAGAGCUCCGAAUGCUCACAGAUAGACAACACAUCAGAAAGGAACUGUAAGAGGUCACAUGGUAACAAAUAUUGUGAUGGUCUUCAGAGUAAGAGACUGCAAACUAGUAGUGUGGAUCAAAAUGGGUGCACCAAACCUACUGGAAAGAAUAUAAAAAGUUCAAUGCAAACGGCAAGAGAAAUUCCUAGCCCUAGUAGGAGAUCAUUGCGGCUAGUCUUAAAGUGAAUUCAAGUUAAAGUCAGAAGUAGGACAAGGUAGGCCAGUUUCACAUCACAUUCUCUGAUGGUGCACAUUCGAGAGCAAAGAGGCUCUAUGACAUGUAGAUGCGAUAGUCAGUAUUGUAAGCUGAAGGUGGAGGCAAGGUGACCACAUAAUACUGAGAUGCAUUAAUUUAGAUGUUCAAGUUGACUGAGGAGACCAUUAUACUUAUAAUAUUGAGAUGCAGCAGGAUACCCCAAAAUUUAAAGGUAGAUUUCAUCUCGGGACGUAUGCCGUUAAUAACUUUAGCCUUUGGGGUCCUUAUGACAAUAUUCUUUCAUUCCUUUCUGGUAUCUCAAAAGUCCAUUAAACCAGCUUUCUAACUUAUGGAGUUCUGGUCGAAUUGUUCCAUAUAUUUGUUUAUUUUGUUGUGGAAUUACUUUGCCAUAGGAUUUCAGCAUGUUUUCUUCCCAAAAAACGGGAAAGGAAAAAAAAUUUGCAGUGUGGAAGUUUAAAUA